UUUGCACUGCACGCAAGCUUUGCCCUCCUUCACCACCGCAGCAGCAGCCAAGCCAACCGCACUCACACCGCAACCAUGCAGUCGGCCGACAACAGACUCAACAAGAACAGCAUGGUGCUGGCACUGAGGAGGUACAGCGCUGCCGUGAACCACAUGGAGCACACGGUCCUCCUUCCCACCCUACUACGGGACGUCCCCUCCGACGACAUCUCGGACGGAGAGGUGGAGGAGGAGGCGUCUCAGGACCUGUACCAAAACUAUCUGACCCUGAAGGCCAUCAAGGUCACGGUGGAGAGUGGACUGAUCCCGCUGGACGACCGACGGUCGGCCAAGAGCAGAGCGGCGACCCCGAGCCCGACCUCAGGGUCCCUGGUGGAGGCCGACCAGGAGGCCCUGUUUCACUUCCACCUGAGCGGUCUUUUCUCUGUGCUGGGUCACCUCACCAAGAAGUCCCAGAGCCUCACGGAAAAGUACAAGGAGAUCAUUGGGGUGGCGUAUUGAGACGAUGAAAUGUGGACUUUGAUGCACCUUGUCGAAAAGCCUCAGAGCGGGGUUCAUAUGUUGCAUAUGAUGGAGAAUAUAGCUCAGAAUGUCUCAGAAGAAACUGUUAAAACUGUUUACAUGUAAUGGUAAAACUGAUGCCGGCGGAAUACGGAAACGGAAUAAAAAACAUGGCCAGAAA